ACAGGGAGAAGAGCAAAGGAGGUGCACCACAGAGCUCUUCAUUAUGUCCGAUGGAGAUUAUGAUUACCUCAUCAAGUUUUUAGCUUUGGGCGACUCUGGGGUAGGGAAGACCAGUGUACUUUACCAAUACACCGAUGGCAAAUUUAAUUCCAAGUUUAUCACCACAGUGGGCAUCGACUUCAGGGAAAAGAGAGUGGUGUACAGAGCCAGUGGGCCAGAUGGCGCCGUGGGCAGAGGCCAGAGGAUCCACCUGCAGCUGUGGGACACGGCGGGGCAGGAGAGGUUUCGUAGCUUGACAACAGCGUUCUUCAGGGAUGCCAUGGGUUUUCUUCUACUUUUUGAUCUGACGAAUGAACAAAGUUUCCUCAAUGUCCGAAACUGGAUAAGCCAGCUACAAAUGCAUGCCUACUGUGAGAACCCUGAUAUAGUGUUAUGUGGAAAUAAAAAUGAUCUGGAAGACCAGAGGGUGGUGAGAGAAGAGGAAGCCAGAGGCCUCGCGGAGAAGUAUGGGAUCCCUUACUUUGAAACCAGCGCUGCCAAUGGGACCAACAUAAGCCAAGCGAUUGAGGCGCUCCUGGAUCUCAUCAUGAAGCGCAUGCAGCGCUGCGUGGACAAGUCCUGGAUCCCCGAAGGUGUCGUGCGCUCCAAUGGCCACGGGGCGGCCCCUCCGUCAGGGGACGAGAAGAAGGGAACCUGUGGCUGUUGAAGGUCAAGGGAGCGUGGCAGUGAGUCGGGGGGCCCGCGCCUGCCGCCAUCUCUGUGCUUCGCCCUGCAGCCCAGGGAGACAGUCAGGCUCGGGGGUGAGCGG